UUUAACUCCUUCUCGUAUUCGUACUCUUCCUACUCCUCCUCUUUUGCAUCUACCCUCUCGUUUGCCCUACUACUGCUAUCCCAAUGGAAUUCGACGCCGCCCCGAUGGAAGUCGCGUUUCUGACCGACGACCCGCUCGACUCCGUCGUCAUCGACGCGCUCUCGGGCGACACGCUCUACACGAUCAAGACCUCGCCCAAGCUCGCGUUCGGGAAGCGCACGACGACCGUGUGCGACGCGCAGGGCCGCGCGAUCGCGCAGUACAGGCGCCGCUGGGUCCAGGACCAGGUCGAGCUCAACGGCGUCGCGAAGAACGUGAACAGCUGGCUCCCGCGGGACGGCCCGUUCUCGAGUUCGCGGGGGUUCCUCGCGCCCAACGGACGGACAUACGUCUGGAAACGCCUCUGGGGCCAAAGCAGGUUCCAGCUGAUCGACCGCCAAACCGAUCAAGUCGUCGCCCAAUCCGAGGGCGCCUCCCCCACGCGCUGCAUGGGCAUCGAGUUCCUCUCCGCGGUCGCGCCGAUCCUCGACACGCUCGUGCUCUCCUUCAUCAUCUGCGAGGACGACCGGCGCGACCAGGAGACGCUCCUCGCGCCGACCGCCGUGGACAGCGAGUGAGCGCACCGUGGGAUGUGCCCCGACCUCUAUCGAUAUCGUGAAUCUUCGCAGCCGCGGCCGUCGAGCCGCAGGCGUAAUUAUUGGACGGAGCCCUUUAGUAUAUAGUGUAGACCCUACUAUUGUAGCGCAGACCCGUGUCGCAUAGUCGUAAUCGUAAUCUCCGCGUAUGUGUAUGCAUCAGAACACACUAGGACCG